ACGCGAACUACGUAUCUUGGCCUCAGACCUGCACUUAGCUUGCCGUUCCUUUGUAUAAUUACAAAGGGAUAUCAAGAAAAAAUUCGGGGACCCGAAACUUAUCGCUACAAUAUUGGAUGACGAAGUUCAAGUUCGAUAUUACCAUGCCAACGGGGUUUUCUGCCCCUCAGUGCUCACAAUGUUCUUCUCUGGGUCUGACCAUAAAGCAUGCGAAACAACACAUUACAAACGCUCCGGCAUGACUCCGAGUUGUGAGAAUGCUACUGUAUGGCAUCUUUUCAGCUUCUCCGAGGAAGGAUCUCUGGCUUCGCAUCAUCUCAGCAAGUCUGCUGAUUACUCAGUUCAGGAUCUCAAUACUACCGAUGAGAAUUACUUGGACUAAGUGGCAUACUUAUAAGCAUGGGCGUUUACCUCGCUCAGUAUCAAACAUCCUUUCUUCAGAAUGUUAAUCUCCCUUAUUACUCUUGAUAUCGCGAUAGCACUUGCCAGUCUGGUCUUUCUGUGGCGUCUCUUCCGCCGAACCCGUCGCAACACACCGUUCCCUCCUGGUCCUAUAGGACUCCCGUUUGUUGGGAACCUUCUUGACAUGCCCGCUGAGAAGGAAUGGCUGACCUUCGCUAAAUGGGGAGAGAAAUACGGGGAUAUAGCUUCGGUUUCCAUCCUUGGGCGGCGCCUGGUCAUCCUAAAUUCUGCUCAGACGGCUAUCAACAUACUCGACAAGAAAAGUUCCAUCUACUCUGAUAGACCAGUCGUCGGUAUGGGUGGAGAGCUCGUGGGAUGGAAAAACUCCAUUAUUCUUAUGUCUUACGGAGCACGUUUUCGUAACCACCGCCGGUCAGCUCAUCAGCUUUUCGGUAACAAUGCGACCAUGAAGCAAUUUCUGCCGAUGUUGGAGCUGGAGACUCACCGCUCUCUAAAGGGAAUAUUUACUAGGCCUGAAGGGCUUCACGAACAUAUUCGAAAGACUGCUGGAUCCAUAACUCUGCAAAUAUCACAUGGGUACGUGACUCAAGAAGAGAACGAUCCCUUCGUGGAGCUGGCAGAACGAACAAUGAGCCAAUUUACCCUCGCAAUGGCCUCGGGUGGAUUCAUAGCCAAUCUUAUUCCAUCAUUAAUCCGCAUCCCAGACUGGUUCCCUGGAGCUGGAUUCAAACGGACCGCCCGGGAGUGGGCUUCGACUCUAAACGAAUUCGUGGAAAAGCCACACAACUAUGUAAAGCAAGAAAUGGCAGCUGGAAAGGCGCGUCACUCCCUGACCUCGAGCCUGCUUGAAGGUGAGGUGACUGCCGAAGAAGAAUUUGACGUCAAAUGGCUUGCGGCAACUAUAUAUGCUGGUGGGGCCGAUACUACCGUUGCAUCUAUCUACGCCUUUUUCAAAGCAAUGCUUCUGUAUCCUGAAGUCCAGGCAAAAGCACAAGCGGAGAUUGACGCGGUGAUCGGGGACGACAGGCUACCACGAUUCGAUGACAGGGAACGCCUCCCAUAUGUCAAUGCCCUAGCCGUCGAAGUCACCAGAUGGCACGCUGUAGCACCUGUAGGCCUUCCUCAUUGCGUUUCUGAGGAUGAUGUUCAAUCCGGCUAUUUCAUUCCAAAGGGAUCCUUGGUCUAUGCAAACAUCUGGAAAAUGCUUCACGAUCCUGCAGUAUACGAUCAACCAUUCGAAUUCAAGCCGGAGAGAUUCAUCAGGACAGGAAAUAAGGAGCCGGAAUUUGAUCCUUAUAAAUUAGCGUUUGGAUUCGGACGACGGAUAUGCCCAGGCAGAGUUCUAGCCGACGCGUCAAUAUUUAUUUCAUGUGCUAUGGCCUUGUCUGUCUUCAACAUAUCUACGUAUUCUGAAAACGGCGUUACAUUCGAACCAGACACGAAACAUACUGCAGGCUCCAUCAGCCAUCCGACGCCAUUCAAAUGCAAAAUCGAAGCUAGGAGUGAGAAAGCCUUAGGACUUAUCAACGAAGAACGAUUUGAGUGAGCCUAAUCGGUGUUGACGAUCGUAGCCCCUAGCGAAGAACUAUUUUCCACUCUUCUAUCCGCAUGUAGAGGAAAGCUACCCGGUCUCAGCCAAUUCGAAAGAAUUCUGAACUCAGGCAAUUCAGAGUUGAGUAGCAGCACUCGCCGUAUUAGUCUCGACACAAAUCUAUCAUUGCUUAAUCUUGCCGAG